UGUAAAAGAAACAUAUCUGAGGAAGAAAAGAAAGAAAGAAAGCAAGCAGCCUUAUAAAAUAAAUCCUUUUUUUCUUUCUGUUACAAGGCAAGAAAAGAAUCCAUUAUUGGUUUGAAGUGAAGUUCCUUGUACCUUCUUGGGGUGGGUGACUCAUUUGUAAUAAUUUGGUUUUUGCUGCUAUAAAUUCAUCUUCUCACUUCUCCUCUUCUUAAACCCUCCUCUUUCUGUUGUUUUCUUGUAUCUCUUCCAUAUAAACCUUAGGUUGUUUUUUUAGAACCUUUCUGGGUGUUUGUCACCUUCUUUCGAGCUCUUAAAAGCUUGCAUUUUGAAACUUUAGAUUCUGUGCUUCUUUCAGAAUUUUGUUUUAGACCCUUUUUUCUUUGUAAUUAAAGUUUGUAUCAAAAGAAAAAAAAUGGGAGUUGGAGGUACUUUGGAGUAUUUAUCUGAUUUGAUGGGAAGUAGUGGCCAUAAAUACAAGAAGAAGAAGAAGCAGUUACAGACUGUAGAGCUCAAGAUCAGGAUGGACUGUGAUGGCUGUGAGCUUAAGGUCAAGAAUGCCCUGUCUUCAAUGAGUGGAGUUAAAAAGGUGGAGAUAAAUAGGAAGCAGCAGAAGGUGACUGUAACAGGGUAUGUUGAUCCAAACAAGGUAUUGAAGAAGGCAAAGUCAACAGGAAAAAAGGCUGAAAUUUGGCCAUAUGUUCCUUAUAAUUUAGUGGCACAGCCAUACAUAGCUCAGGCUUAUGACAAGAAGGCACCUCCUGGUUAUGUCCGGAAUGUUGAAAACACUGCCACAAGUGGCACAGUUACCAGAUAUGAAGAUCCUUAUAGUUCCAUGUUCAGCGAUGACAAUCCAAAUGCCUGCUCUAUCAUGUAAUCUACCCGAAAAUGAAAUAGUACCAUUUUGCCUACCUUUCUCAUGAGAACCCAUUGUAAAAUUCCCUUGCAGGGUCCCCCCCACCCCUCUCUCUUCAUUUUUGUUUUGGGAUUUUAUUGGUGUAUGCAGAUUUAUAGUUCAUAAAUGGUUUAUUGUUCAGCUCUCUUUGACAUGUUUUGUUUAUGUAUGAUAUUUAUAUAUUUUCCA